GCGAUCCCGUCAUGCUUCGGCAGAAGCGGAAAUCGGAAGCUGCCCGGCCGGAAGUGGCCUUCCUUCCGGCUGCUUCCCCUUCUUAUCCUGAGGCCGUGGUGCUUCUCCCUCCUCCCCUGGCUCCGUGUGCCAUGGCGCUCUUCGAGCAGAUGCGGGCGAACGUGGGGAAGCUGCUAAAGGGUAUCGACAGGUAUAACCCAGAGAACCUGGCCACGUUGGAGCGAUAUGUGGAGACCCAAGCCAAGGAGAAUGCCUAUGACCUUGAGGCCAACCUAGCUGUGCUGAAACUGUAUCAGUUUAACCCUGCCUUCUUCCAAACCACAGUGACUGCCCAGAUCCUGCUGAAAGCUCUGACCAAUCUGCCCCACACAGACUUCACGCUCUGCAAGUGCAUGAUCGACCAAACUCAUCAAGAGGAGAGACCCAUCCGUCAGAUCUUAUAUCUGGGCGAGCUGCUGGAAACUUGCCUCUUCCAGGCUUUCUGGCAAGCGCUAGAUGAGAACAUGGAACUCCUGGAUGGGAUCACUGGAUUUGAGGAUUCUGUUAGGAAAUUCAUCUGUCAUGUGGUGGGGAUCACAUACGAACACAUUGACCGCUGGCUUCUGGCCAAGAUGUUGGGCGACCUCACAGAGAACCAGCUCAAGUCUUGGAUGAGCAAAUACGGCUGGACGGAGACAGAGCCUGGGACAAUCUUCAUCUGCAACCAGGAGGAGAGCAUCAAGCCCAAAAACAUUGUGGAAAAGAUAGACUUUGACAGUGUUUCCAGUAUCAUGGCUUCUUCACAGUGAGGCCUCUUCUGGCAGCUCUUCCCUGUCUCUUGCUGCAUUUAAUUUUAACAUCCCAUUUAAAAAAAACUGUGGCCAAUAAAUGACUCUACCCAGCUUA